AUGAAGAAACUUCCUAUUUUAAUUGUUAUAAUAACCUUAAUAAUUUUACUUCAAUUUGUAUAUGAAGUAAAUACUCAAGAAGGUGUUCCACCAGCGGAAGAUCCUUCAGGAGAUCCAUCUCAAUUUCCUGCACCAGCAAUACCUCCACCAACAAAAAUAAAUACAUUAGUCACAGCAAUACCACCAAUUUCAACUCAAUUUCCUGCACCAGCAAUACCUCCACCAACAAAAAUAAAUACAUUAGUCACAGCAAUACCACCAAUUUCAACUGGAAAAUUAUUACCAUCAGCAAGACCAUCAGUAUCACGAACAUUACCAAUAAAUCCUUCAGAAGGUCUUAUUUCGACUGGAAAAUCACCAUCAGCAGGACCAUCAGGAUCACGAACAUCACCAGUAAAUUCAUCAAAUCCUUCAGAAGAUGUUAACUUUACAACUUUUAUAAUAGCUGCUUCAAUUAUUGGAGGGACAGUUAGUAAUUUGAUUUUAAUUUUCAUAGUUGGUUUAUGCUACUUUUUAUUGAGAAUGUAUAAAGAUAAAAAAGAAAAUUCUAAAGCAAUUGCGACCCCUGGACUGAAUAAUAACGAAAAUGAAUUAUAUGAUGAACCGAUCCCUACAGAAUUAAUAAUUUCGAAUCAUGGACAAGAAUUUAUACCAAAUUCACCAAAUUAUAAUAAUAAUCAACAAGGGAUAACACGUGAAUUAGGAAACAACUUAACAAACAAUGAAAUUAUUCAAAAUAUCAGACAAGGAAAUUUAUCAUCAUUUAAUAUAGAUGAAGAUAUUAUAGAUCAAAUGAAACAAGAUAUUCUACAAGAUAUCAAACAAGAAUUAAAACAAAAUAUAAAAUCAAAAAUAAUGACAUCAUUUGUUAGAGAUAAUGAUGUUGAAGAUGAUAGUAGUAGUAGCAGUAGUAAAAAUCAUACUUAA